AUGCCUAAAAGCCUUUACACAUGCAAAACGCUUGCGAGAUUGAGCCCCACCGACAAAAUUCUAGUGGAUGUUCCUUUCCCGGUUUCUCUCCCGUCACUGACACGACUUGAACUUUCAUGUGUUGUGUACAGAGACGAAGAAUCUCAUGUUAGGCUUUUAUCAGGUUGUCCCGUUCUCAAGGAUCUGACUGUGCUUCGGUCUGAUAAUGUGGGCCGUGUGGAUGAUAAUGUGAGAAAGUUUAGGGUGAAAGUGCCUUCUUUACUGAAUUUAACGUAUUCUUUUCGUCAAGUGAACGAGGAUGAUACUGAUGAUAGGUCUCUGGUUAUAGACACUCCUGCUUUAAAGUAUUUAAACAUCAUUCAUGGUUGGGGAGGCUCUUGCUCCAUGGAGUAUAUGCCCCAUCUCGUGUAUGCAUACAUUUGUGUUAGGUUUUAUCCUGACGACAAUUUGCUGCGCUCUCUUUCUUCGAUCAAGUAUCUCCAGCUAGAUCCGCCUGAUAUGGUUCCAUGGUGUAACGCCGUUAACUACUCUCAGCUUAUUAAGUUUAGCAUAGAUGAUAUUUACGCAGACGAGUGCGAAUCCCUUGUGGUUUUGCUCUCCAAUUGUCCUCAGCUAAAAGUCUUUAUGGUCGAAUCCAUGUAUGAUGAGAUUGAUCAGUUGGAAGAUCAAGUUCCGGUUUUGUGGAACCAGCCGAGUUCUGUUCCCAGAUGCUUGUCGUCUCGUCUGAAGUUGUUUAGAUGGACAGGAUAUAGAGGAAGAGAAUAUGAAAGGGAACUCAUAAGGUACAUUGUGGAAAACUCUAAGUGUUUAAAAAAAGCGGAAGUUUAUUUGAAUUUAUCCUCUCAUCCUGAAGAGAAACAGAAGAUGGCUGAGGAGUUGAAAUCUAUACCUAAGGUUUUAACCAGCGUUUUGAAACCCGACCGACGGGACUGGUGGUAA